ACAGUGAGUUUCAAUGGCAGCAGGCGAGGGUUGACAGUUAGAAGAUUUCUCCAAGAUAACUGGCUCGAAAGUUUGUCUGGACAAUGAGGCACCUGGCAGAAGACUCUUUGAACCUCCUCCCGAGCUCCUUAAGCGACCUGCAACCCAAGAGGCGUCUCAUCAUUUAUUUUAGACGCCUCUUGGGACUGGGACUCCUGCCCGUUCCCAUUUCCGUGGUCUACGUCUUCGUGAUGGCCAUUUUGACCGACUUCCAGGCCAGCACGUACACUUCCUGCCAUGUCCUCAAUGUACUGCCAAGCUCCUCCGCCGCGGCCAAAUCCCAGCACGUUGUCUGGACCAUGGCCUGCUGGACGCAGUUUCCUUUUCUGUUGGCGUCCGCCUGGCUGCAGUUCCGGUUCUACCGGAGGGCUUUGCCCCGGUCAGCCCGGAGCUUCGGCUGCCUGACCACCUUCAGCUACAUCCAGGGCAGCUUCAGCCUGGUCCUGUGGGCCAGCUUCGCCACAGCCGAUGGGGAUUCGCUUCUCCACAUCGCCACGGCGGUCUCCAUGUUCAUAUCGGCCGCUAUGUACAUGGCCGGGAGCUUCGUGUGCGCCAAGUACUAUCUACGGCGGGAGAGUAGGCGAGAGAAGUUCUCCCUUUGGCUGAAGAGCCGGCUGGUUUUCGUGUACUUCCUGGCAGCGUCCACCAUGUGGAUCUGGUAUGUCCUCCACCACAAGUUCUGCCUGCCCAUGGCCUACUCGCUCUUCGCUCUGGGCGAGUUAAUCUCAUUCGAGUGCCUGUGUGUGAACUUGUGGACCGCCUACUGGGAUUACUACCAUGUUGUCAUCCUCUACGACCAGCGUCUGGGCUUCUACAUCAGUGACCUAUAGGUCGCUACUGUUCAUAUCACAUUUAUUGACAAACCAAAAAGAAAAACAA